AUGAACUACUACAUACCGCGAUGGUGGUUUUUGUUAUGUGUUUGUUCGUCAGUUCUCAGCAUAGGAACUUCGACAGUCUCCAUAGCUCAACAGUUCUUAAAUUACCGAAAACCAUAUGAACAAAGGUUGGUGGUCCGAAUACAACUUAUGGUCCCGCUUUUCAGUGCAACUUGUCUGUUGGCAUGUAUCAUACCAAGGAAAGCACAAAUUUGGAUAGAUCCAGUGCGUGAAAUCUACGAAUCGUUUGUAAUCUACACGUUUUUCACGCUGCUAACGUUGAUUUUAGGUGGAGAACGCACGAUUAUUACCCAAUUGUCAAUGGGGAAGCCCCCAAUGCGACACCCGAUCUUGAUACUGGGCCGUAUUUUACCAAAAAUCGAUAUGUCCGAUCCUAGCGAUUUCCUAAGCGUUAAACGUGGGAUCUUGCAAUACGUGUGGUUUAAACCAGUUUACUGUGUGGGGACUAUCUUGUGUAUGCAAAACAAUUGGUAUCCAGACUUUUGGAUGCCCUUCUGGACGAUUUCGUACAACAUUUCUGCAACGUUGUCGCUUUAUAACCUCGCACUAUUUUGGAAAUGUCUGUACGACGAGCUUCAAAAACACAGUCCAUGGCCCAAGUUUCUGUGCGUCAAACUCAUAAUUUUUGCCUCAUAUUGGCAAGGCAUUUUCAUCGCACUCAUGAACAAGUAUGGUCUGAUUCCAAAUCGCCCAGAUAGCGUGGAUUAUGGCUACGUUUAUCAAAACGCCGCGCUAUGCGUUGAAAUGAUAGGAUUCGCCAUUGGACAUCUAAUUGCUUUCAAUUGGAGCGCGUAUAGUUCGAAAAGCAUACCAGAGGGUGCUCGAAUGCGUACUGUAUACGCCCUUAGAGAUUGCUUUGGCUGUGGCGAUCUGAAAUGGGACUUCAAAAUAACAUUUUUCGGAAACUUGUACAAUUAUCGUCAUUUCAACUCCGCCGAAGCUGUGAUUGCUCACAGAGAUUCCCGGUCCCGAUUGGGUCGUUUACAAGCUGGGUUCAGAUACUCGGAUGGAGGUCGGGGCAACUACUGGAUAAACAGCGUCGAGUCACCAUCUCCAUCGCGGUCUGCUGCAUAUGGAAGUACAGAGGAUGAUGAGCCAUGGGUGGAUAUGGCCAGAGAUGGUUAUAUUCCUGAAGACCCAAAUUAUCCGGUCGUUUGGGAUGUAGAUUCAUACAAAUAUAGCAGGGAUAUGGAGGCUCUGCGACAGAACACGCGGCGGUCCUACGAUCCAUGA